CAGUGCUCUAAUCACGAAGCAGCACCAGCCAGGGCAGUAAUUCUUUGUUUUAUACAAUGAGUAUGUGUAACUUUUCUAAGCAGAAGAAAAAGAGAUGUACUUUGAGUAUUGUACUAAAACAUGGUAAUUUGGGUGCCUUUGAUUUUAGCUAACAAGUAACAGACUUUCUAUGUGGUUGCUGAAUUAUGAGCUUAUGAACCUGAACAUGUUAUUAAAGUGAUGUUUUUCCUUUUCACAGCUAGAGUUGGGAAGACAUCACUGAUUAUGUCUCUGGUCAGUGAAGAAUUCCCAGAGGAGGUUCCUCCCCGGGCAGAAGAAAUCACCAUUCCAGCCGAUGUCACCCCUGAGAGAGUUCCAACACAUAUUGUAGAUUACUCAGAAGCAGAACAGAGUGAUGAACAACUUCAUCAAGAAAUAUCACAGGCUAAUGUCAUCUGCAUAGUUUAUGCAGUUAACAACAAGCAUUCUAUUGAUAAGGUAACAAGUCGAUGGAUUCCUCUCAUAAAUGAAAGAACAGACAAAGACAGCAGGCUGCCUUUGAUACUGGUUGGGAACAAAUCUGAUCUAGUGGAGUACAGUAGUAUGGAGACCAUCCUUCCUAUUAUGAACCAGUACACCGAAAUAGAAACCUGUGUGGAGUGUUCAGCAAAAAACCUGAAGAACAUAUCAGAGCUCUUUUAUUAUGCACAGAAAGCUGUUCUUCAUCCUACAGGGCCCUUGUACUGCCCAGAGGAGAAAGAGAUGAAACCAGCCUGUAUAAAAGCCCUUACUCGUAUAUUUAAAAUAUCUGAUCAAGACAACGAUGGCACCCUCAAUGAUGCUGAGCUGAACUUCUUUCAGAGAAUUUGUUUCAACACUCCUUUAGCUCCUCAGGCUCUGGAAGAUGUCAAGAAUGUAGUCAGAAAACAUAUAAGUGAUGGCGUGGCUGACAGUGGAUUGACACUGAAAGGUUUUCUUUUUUUACAUACGCUUUUUAUCCAGAGAGGGAGACAUGAAACUACUUGGACCGUGCUUCGACGGUUUGGUUACGGUGAUGAUCUGGAUUUGGCGCCUGAGUAUUUGUUCCCCUUGCUAAAAAUACCUCCUGAUUGCACUACUGAAUUAAAUCAUCAUGCAUAUUUGUUUCUCCAAAGCACCUUUGACAAGCAUGAUUUGGAUAGAGACUGUGCUUUGUCACCUGAUGAGCUUAAAGAUUUGUUUAAAGUUUUCCCUUACAUACCUUGGGGACCAGAUGUGAAUAACACAGUUUGUACGAAUGAAAGAGGCUGGAUAACCUACCAGGGAUUUCUUUCCCAGUGGACGCUCACAACCUAUUUAGAUGUACAGCGGUGCCUAGAGUAUUUGGGCUACUUAGGCUAUUCAAUAUUGACUGAACAAGAGUCUCAAGCUUCAGCCAUUACAGUAACAAGAGAUAAAAAGAUAGACCUUCAGAAAAAACAGACUCAAAGAAAUGUGUUCAGAUGUAAUGUAAUUGGGAUGAAAAACUGUGGGAAAAGUGGAGUUCUUCAGGCUCUUCUUGGAAGAAACUUAAUGAGGCAGAAGAAAAUUCGUGAUGAUCAUAAAUCCUACUAUGCGAUUAACACUGUUUAUGUGUAUGGACAAGAGAAAUACUUGUUGUUGCAUGAUAUCUCAGAGUCGGAAUUUCUGACUGAGGCGGAGAUCAUUUGUGAUGUCGUAUGCCUGGUAUAUGAUGUCAGUAACCCCAAAUCCUUUGAAUACUGUGCCAGGAUUUUUAAGCAACACUUUAUGGACAGCAGAAUACCUUGCUUAAUCAUAGCUGCAAAGUCAGACCUGCAUGAAGUUAAACAAGAAUAUAGCAUCUCACCUGCUGAUUUCUGCAGGAAACACAAAAUGCCUCCACCACAAGCCUUCACUUGCAAUACUGCUGAUGCACCCAGUAAAGAUAUCUUUGUUAAACUGACCACAAUGGCCAUGUACCCAGAGGAUCAUUACAGAGACAGACUCUCCCGAGACACGGGCAGCACUGAUAGAAUAGAGAAUUUGAGAAAAAUCUGGGUCUUUCUAAAAACUGCUUUCCAUGCCCGGUUACGCUGUAUGUGCACCUGCAACAGGUGUACAUUUUGCAUCUGUCAGAACUUCCUCAACUCAGACUUGCUGCAAUCUGUAAAGAACAAAAUCUUCACUGCAGUUCUUAACAGUUUUAGUUCUGCCCUUUAGAACAACAUACGACUAUUCUACUCCCUCUUCAACAUAACAAUCCUUCAGACAUUUGAAGACGGCCAUCAUGUCUCCCCUAAUUUUCUCUUCUCCAGGUAGAACAUCCCCAUUUCUUUCAGCCUUUUCUUAGAUUUGAUGGUUUAGUGACUUCAUCAUUCCUGGUUGUCCUCAUCUCAAAGCCCCGUAGGUUUUUAGGGUACCUGGGUAAGUGCUCCAGGUGUGAUCCCACUAGUCCAGAACAGCGGGCAGUCAUGCUCCACAGUUAGGACACCUGUUUACUGCAUGAAUUCACUUUUUAGCGGCCCCAUCCCACUGUUGAUGCAUAUUAAUCUUGGGGUUAAUUAAGAUCAGAUUUUUUUUUCUCUCAUAUGAUGUGCUAGUAAGGCAGUGUCUCCUCCUCUCUGAUUGUGUAUUUGCCAUUUUUAGUUGACUCUGAAUCUAAUUGCAGAUACGUACGUAUCUCUAUUAAAUGUCACAUUCCUUUUGGUCCAUUUGUUCUAGCUCAGUCAUUUCAAACAUUAUUUUGCCAUUUGUCCCAUUCUAUAUCUCUCUCAACAUUGUGUUAUUUGCAAAUUUUGAAGAUGUCUUCUUUAUCUUUCCAGUUGUUGAUAAAAAAAAAAAAAAAAAUGUUGAAUACCCAAAGAUUGAGAGAGAGAGAGAGAGAAAGAGAGAGCGAGCUAAAGUGAGCAAGCCCUAUAGCACUCCGCUGGAGAACUCUUCCACGUGACACAGGCUCCAAAUCCUUGGGGAGAGAUUAUUCUGUCCAUUAAAAAUACUGAAUUAUCCAGUCGUAUUUUAUCUCAUUAUCUUAAGAGAGAUUUCAUGGAGGGCUUUUUAUGAAAUCACUAUAUAAUUUCUGCCACAUUCCUCCUGCCUACCAGCAUAGGAAUUUUAUCUGAACAGGAAGUGACAUCUGUUAGGGGCGGUAUUCUUGGUGAACCCACCUUGGCACCUAGUAAUUGCUGAUCACAGACCAUCCAUUUUAUUUAUUCUAGAAGCUCUUGGUUGUCCAGAAUUGCAGAUUAGUUUAUUGUCUGCGUCUUAACAACAGUUUUAUUCUUAGAUUGGUUUAGUCAGCUUUCAAACGAAGUAGGUUGGGUGUGCAUCAUUGGAAAAGCUUGCUCGUAGUAUAUUAUUCUGUACAGUGAUCCUCGAAGAGAAAUCAGUCCAUUUUGCCAUAUUUAUUUGUAAACUAGAAAUUAUUUAAUGGUGAUGUCAAGAUACAUCACUGAUACCCCGUAAUCAAGAACCGAAGGAAUGAAAAAGAUGCAGAGGGAAACCAUUGUACCUUUCAAAGAACUCUUCCUGAUCCCUGGUAGUAUUUUAAUAGCUUAGUUUAUAGAAGUACAGUGGAAAUUUGAAAGUUGUAUAUUGAAGUUUUUUCUAGUUUUUAAGAGGAUGGAGAUAAAGUUGGUGGGGAUGGAAGCCCAAAUUAAGUGCCUAUAGGGUCUGGAUGGAUAAUGUAAAUGAAUGAAGGUGGCCACAUAUAAAAAAUAAGAGAGGGUGGGGACUGUGACAGGCCGUGUCUAAAAGAGGCCCCCACAGCUCAGCUCUGGUGUCUCCAGGUGUUCUGAUUCUAUGAGACUAGACUAAAGCAGGAUUUUUAUGUGAAAUUUCCUGAUAUUUAAAUAAUAGCAAGUUAAAAUUUUUAAAAGUACAAAUCAGAACAAACAGAACAUCUUUUUUACAGGCCACCAGUUUGCAACCUCAGCCUUGGGAUAUGGCUUAGAGUUGUAAAAAUGCACACACACAAAAGUACACCUGGGGAAUGAGAGUGUCUCCUUCCCCCUUCCCCCUUCCCCGUUUUACUGCUUCCACGUGAAGGAUUUGAGAAGGUUACAGGAUGAUGGGAUGAGGGAAUCACCUUAUGCUAGUAUUUCUCAGGUUUUGGCAGCCUUUGGUGGCUGGUCACCGCUGGUUUGCCAUGUAUGUCUUAAUGUUACAUAAGCAAAAAGGAUUGAUUGAUUGAAUACAAGCCAUUUAAGAAUUCAGCAGGGAGGAUUCUCACUCAGCACUAACACUAACUCUUAAGUUUUUGGUUU